AUGGGAAACGGCUCUGCGGUCAAGCAGGACUCGGGCCAGUCUGAGAACCUGCCCCUCAGACCCCCUUCAGAAGUCGUCGUCGGUCGCGGCCGAAAGACGAAAAAUGAAAAUCAUAAGCCUUCAUUCUCCCUCUCUUCAAAGAAGAAUACGAACAUUGGAUAUCGACUGGGUUACCGGCGGACUCUGUUCGAACGAAGAAAAAGACUGUCUGAUUAUGCGUUAAUAUUUGGCAUGUUCGGCAUUGUAAUUAUGGUCAUUGAGACCGAGCUUUCCUCCGACGCCGUUUACAACAAGAGCCAUACUCCCAGCUUCGUCCUCAAGUGCCUCAUUUCAUUAUCAACGAUUAUCCUGCUCGGGCUGAUUAUAGCUUACCAUGCUCGUGAAAUUCAGUUAUUUAUGAUUGACAAUGGUGCAGAUGAUUGGAGAAUAGCAAUGAGUUGGGAAAGAAUAUGCUACAUUUCCCUGGAGCUUUUUAUUUGUGCAAUUCAUCCUAUUCCUGGCAACUGGAAAUUCAAGCCAAAGAUCUCAGAUCGUAUUAUUUUGAUAAAUGCUCAAUUUGUGAAGUGA